GCCGAGGCAGAUAUCACACCUGUGUUGAACUCCCUGUCUCGUUUGCGAGUUCGCGGGGAUUGUUUCUUUUUUUCUGGUGUAAAAGGCGACUGGAAGAGAAAGGGAGGUGAGUUCGCUCCCGCGACCUCCGCAGCCGCCCCUGAGGGAAGCGGUGGGCGUCCUCGGGGUCCCCUUCCGGAGCGGCUUGCGGGGCUCGAUCUGCCAUGGCGACGCGGCGUGUGGGACGAGGCUGCGGGGAUGAAAGCCCCGCGGAGCCGAGGCCGUCGGCGAGGCUGCGGGGGCCCGCGGCCAAGGCGGAGGCGGCAUCCCCGCCGGUCCUGUCCCUCAACCACUUCUGCACGAAGCCGUUCCUCUGCUUCGGGGAUGUGCGCCUGGGCGCCUCGCGGACGCUGUCGCUGGCCCUGGACAACCCCAACGCCGAGGAGGCCGCCGUGACGCUGCCGCGCUUCCCGGCCGCCGCCCGUGGCUUCAGCGUCUGGCCGCGCGCCUUCGUGCUGCAGUCUAAAGAAAAAAUUGUUAUUUCCGUUAAUUGGACACCAUUAAAACAAGGCCGAGUGAGAGAGAUUGUGACAUUUCUUGUAAAUGAUGUUCUGAAACACGAAGUCAUAUUACUAGGAAAUGCAGAAGAGCCAAAAAAGAAAAAGAGGAGUCUUUGGGAUACCAUUAAUAAGAAGAAAAUUUCGGCCUCUUCAGGUCAUGAGAAGAAGAUUUCAAGUAUUCAAAAUGUUAAUAAAACAUUUAGUGUUUCCCAAAAAGCUGACAGAGUUAGGAGCCCACUUCAAGCUUGUGAAAAUUUGGCUGGGAAUGAAAGCUGUUCCCCAACAGAAAAUAAUUCUUUAAUCCUUGAAGAAAAUAAAAUACCCAUAUCACCUAUCAGUCCCGUUUUCAAAGAAUGCCAUGGUGAAACUUGCUUGCCACUUUCUGUACGUCGAUCUACUACCUACACAUCUCUUCAUGCACCUGAAAACAGGGAACUGUUGCAAUUAGAAGGUGCCAACAUUUCCAAAGAUUUUAAUUUUAAUGAGAAAGUCAUAACCGACAUUUCCUUUAACUCCAUGAAUAAUAUUAAUGGCCAAAUUGAAGAGGAUAAUAAACUUAGUCUUACCCCAAACUAUUCUUCAACUUUGAACAUUACACAAAGCCAAGGAAAUUUUCUAAGUCCAGAUUCCUUUGUAAAUAAUAGCCAUAAAGCUAAUAACGAACUAGAAUUAGUGACAUUUAUUUCACCAGAUACAUUUAUGAAAGAUAAUUCAAGGCCUGUGCAUUUGGAAUCAAAACCUGUACAUGAAAUUUAUCGGACAAUUUUAAGUCCAGAUUCUUUCAUAAAUGAUAAUUAUGGGCUAAAGAAGGAUCUAGAAUCGGAGUUAAUUAAUCCAAUUCUAUCCCCUCAUCAAUUUGUAAAAGAAAAUAUGGCAUAUAUAUGUAUAUCUCAACAAACCUGUAAAUUAUCACCAUUAUCAAAUGAAAAUGCUCAGGCCUCACAGUCUCCUCAAAGGCAGAGAAAAAAUGAAGUUUCACCAUGUGUUCCUGAAUGUCAGGGUUCAAAAUCUCCCAAAGCUAUUUUUGAAGAACCCAAAGCUUUAGAAAUGAAGGCAAAUCGUUACAGUUUUACAAACCAAAAUCCGCCUAAAUUUUCUGCAGUUCAGGAUCUUAACAAUGGUUGUAGCCACAAUACCCAACAUCAAAGACGCCCGAUACUUUCUGCCACUGUUACUAAAUUGAAGCCCGCUUGUACCAGAGAAAACCAAACUGAGACUAACAGACCAAAGGCAAAAAGAUGUCUCCACAGUGUAGUGGGUGAAUGUGAAAAAGUAACUGAUACUCAAGAAGGCAAAGAUGUGCUUCAUUCGUAUCUCCCAGUUAUAGAUCCCGUAGGAAGUAAAUCUGAGGGUGGUAAAAAGGUAAUUAAUCCUUCCUCAAAGACAGCUUUCGUUGCUCGUAAAAGAAAGAGUGAAGGAAACAGGGAGGAUGGAAAUGUGAUGCUUACAGUUACAGAACAUGCAGAAGUGCAAGAAAUCAAAACAAUCCAUUUUUCUCCUGUGGAGUUUAAAACAUCCACUGUUAAAAAAACCAAAACAGUGAUGACACCUGCCUCGAAAUUUAUUAGCAACAGAGAGAAAUUAAACCUGAAGAAGAAAACUGAGUCAUCAGUGUACAAAACUCCUAAUUCUAAAACAAACAAAAGGCGAAAACGCAUUGUCCCAGUGGCACAGUCUAACUUGACCUUCAUAAAACCAUUAAAAACAGACAUUCCUCGACAUCCAAUGCCAUUUGCUGCCAAAAACAUGUUUUAUGAUGAACGCUGGAAGGAAAAGCAACAACAGGGCUUCACUUGGUGGCUAAACUUUAUAUUAACUCCUGAUGACUUCACUGUAAAAACAAAUGUUUCUGAAGUAAAUGCUGCUACUCUUCUUUUGGGAGUGGAGAGUCAACAUAAAUUAAGUGUUCCCAGAGCUCCGACAAAAGAGGAAAUGUCUCUCAGAGCUUAUACUGCUCGGUGCAGGCUGAAUAGAUUACGUCGUGCAGCGUGUCGUUUAUUUACUUCUGAAAAAAUGGUGAAAGCUAUUAAAAAGCUUGAAAUUGAAAUUGAAGCUAGGCGGUUAAUUGUUCGAAAAGAUAGACACCUCUGGAAAGAUGUGGGAGAACGGCAGAAAAUUCUAAAUUGGCUGCUGUCAUAUAAUCCUUUGUGGCUACGAAUCGGCUUAGAAACAGUUUUUGGAGAACUCAUAGCUUUGGAAGACAACAGUGAUGUCACGGGGUUGGCCCUGUUUAUUCUGAAGCGCUUACUUUGGAAUCCUGAUAUAGCAGCUGAGUACAGACAUCCCUCUGUCCCUCAUCUGUAUAGAGAUGGUCAUGAAGAAGCUUUGUCUAAGUUCACUUUGAAAAAGUUAUUGUUGUUGGUUUGUUUCCUCGAUUAUGCGAAAAUCUCCAGACUUAUCGAUCAUGAUCCUUGUCUCUUCUGUAAAGAUGCCGAAUUCAAGGCUAGUAAAGAAAUUCUUCUGGCUUUUUCACGAGACUUCCUAAGUGGUGAAGGUGACCUUUCCCGUCACCUUAGCUUAUUGGGAUUACCUGUUAACCAUGUUCAGACACCAUUUGAUGAAUUCAAUUUUUCUGUUACAAAUCUUGCUGUAGACUUGCAAUGCGGGGUGCGUCUUGUGCGAGCCAUGGAACUCCUCACACAGAACUGGGAUCUCUCAAAGAGACUCAGAAUUCCCGCCAUAAGCCGUCUGCAGAAGGUACACAAUGUCGACCUUGUCCUUCAGGUUCUGAAGUCACGAGGAAUUCAGUUAAAUGAUGAGCAUGGAAGUCCCAUCCUGUCGAAGGACAUUGUGGAUAGGCACAGAGAAAAAACUCUCGCAUUGCUUUGGAAAAUAGCAUUCGCUUUCCAGGUGGAUAUUUCUCUUAAUUUAGAUCAGUUAAAGGAGGAAAUUGACUUUUUAAAACUCACAUGGAGUAUGAAGAAAACAAUGUCUGCACUCUCAUGCCCCUCUGAUACUGUUCUCAAUAAGAUAAAAGACAGACGGUUGAGUAAUCCCUUUGAACAAUAUAGCGAAAGCAUAAAGCUAUUGAUGGAUUGGGUAAAUGCCGUUUGUGCCUUCUAUAAUAAAAAAGUGGAGAAUUUCACAGUGUCUUUCUCAGAUGGCCGUGUGUUGUGUUACCUGAUUCACCACUAUCAUCCAUGCUACGUGCCUUUUGACUCCAUAUGUCAGCGUACUACUCACACCGUGGAAUGUGCACAGACGGGGUCAGUGGUGCUCAAUUCAUCCUCGGAGUCUGAUGAGAGUUGUCUGGAUGUGUCUCUCAAAGCACUUGAUCACGUAGAAAAUACGUCAGAACUAUCCAAAGAACUCCUAGAAAACGAAAAGAAGAAUUUUCAGUUGGUUAGGUCUGCGGUCCGAGACCUUGGUGGGAUACCUGCUAUGAUUCAUCAUUCAGAUAUGUCAAAUACAAUUCCAGACGAAAAGGUGGUUAUUACCUAUCUGUCAUUUCUUUGUGCAAGGCUUUUGGAUCUCCGCAGAGAAACACGAGCUGCUCGACUCAUCCAGACAACCUGGAGAAAGUUCAAACUAAAAGCAGAUCUAAAACGCCAUCAGGAGAGAGACAAAGCUGCAAGAAUUAUUCAAUCAGCUGUGAUCAAUUUUCUAACUAAACAACGAUUGAAAAAGAAGCUUAAUGCAGCUUUGGUCAUUCAGAAAUAUUGGCGAAGGCUCUUAGAACAGAGAAAACUAUUAAUGUUAAAAAAGGAAAACCUAGAAAAAGUUCAGAAUAAGUCAGCAUUACUUAUUCAGAAAUAUUGGAGAAGAUAUGCCACUAGAAAAAAAUUUCUGAAAUUGAAGUAUUCCUCAAUCAUCCUGCAAUCGAGGAUAAGAAUGAUAAUUGCUGUUGCUUCUUAUAAACGAUAUCUUUGGGCUACAGUUACAAUUCAGAGGCAUUGGCGUGCUUGCUUAAGAAGAAAACAGGAUCAGCAGAGAUACAAAAUGCUAAAAUCAUCAACCCUUAUAAUCCAGUCUAUGUUCAGAAGAUGGAAGCGACGUAAAAUGCAAUUACAAAUAAAAGCUACCAUGAUACUGCAAAGAGCCUUUAGACAAUGGCGUAUCAGGAAACGAGCUAAAGAAGAAAAAUCUGCUGUUGUCAUACAAUCGUGGUAUAGAAUGCACAAAGAAUUACGGAGAUACAUUCAUAUUAGAUCUUGUAUUGUUAUCAUCCAGACAAGAUUUCGGUGCUUUCAAGCCCAAAAGUUAUACAAAAGAAAGAAAGAGUCUAUACUGACCAUCCAGAGGUUCUACCAGGCAUAUCUGAAAGGGAAGAGUGAGCGCACCAAGUAUUUGCAGGAACGGGCUGCAGCCGUUCGACUACAGGCUGCUUUCAGGGGAAUGAAAGCUCGUAAUUUACACAGACACAUUAGAGCUGCUUGUGUUCUGCAGUCAUAUUGGAGAAUGAGACAAGAGAGAUUGCGAUUUCUAAACCUUAAGAAAAUUACCAUCAAAUUGCAGGCACACAUAAGAAAAUAUCAGCAAGUACAGAAAUAUAAGAAGAUGAAGAAAGCCACCCUUGUAAUUCAGAUUCAUUUUCGAGCUUACAUUUCAGCCAAGAAAAUUCUAGCGUCUUACCAGAAAACACAUUCUGCUGUCAUUGUUCUACAGUCUGCAUAUAGAGGGAUGCAAGCCAGGAAAAAGUUUAAUCACAUCCUCAGAUCUAUUGUAAAGAUUCAGUCAUAUUACAGAGCUUAUAUUUCCAGAAAAAAAUUUCUGAGCCUAAAACAUGCUACCGUAAUGUUACAGUCAAUUGUCAAGAUGAAACAAACUCGCAAACGAUAUUUACGUAUAAGAGCAGCUGCGUUGUUUAUUCAGCAGUGGUAUCGGUCCAUAAAAAUGGCUGCACUAGAGAGAGAAGAAUUCAGGCAGGUGCGGGAAUCUUGUAUAAAACUGCAAGCUUUUGUUAGAGGCUACCUGGUUCGAAAGCAGAUGAGGUUGCAAAGAAAAGCUGCUAUUUCACUGCAGUCUUAUUUCAGAAUGAGGAAGAUGCGGCAGCACUACCUGAAAAUUUGUAAAGCAGCUGUUGUCAUUCAGAAUUACUACUGUGCAUACAAAGCACGAGUCAAUCAGAGGAAGAACUCGCAAGUCAAAAGAGCAGUUACUCGUCUGCAGGCAGUGUACAGAGGUUAUAAAGUACGCCAGCUAAUCAAGCAGCAAUCCAUAGCAGCUCUGAAAAUUCAAACUGCUUUUAGAGGUUAUAGUAGAAAGAUGAAAUAUCAGUCUGUGCUUCAGUCUGCUCUCAAGAUACAGAGGUGGUAUAGGACACACAAGGCUGUUUGCAAUCUGAGAACACAUUUUUUAAAGACCAGGACAGCCGUGAUUUCUCUCCAGUCUGCUUAUCGUGGCUGGAAAGUUCGGGAGCAGAUCAGAAGGGAGCGCGAGGCUGCAGUGAAAAUUCAGUCUGCUUUUAGGAUGGCCAAGGCCCAGAAGCGGUUUAGGGUCCUGAAAGGAGCAGCGUUGGUCAUCCAGCAGCAUCAGAGGGCAUGGAGUGCGGGAAGGAAGGAACGUAUGGACUACAUUGAGCUCCGCCGUGCUGCAGUGAUGCUCCAGGCCAUGUGGAAGAGGAAAACAGUGAGAAGACAGAUUCAAAAGCAACACGAAUGUGCUGUCAUCAUACAGUCCUACUACAGGAUGUAUGUGCAACAAAAGAAGUGGAGAGCCAUGAAAAGAGCUGCCCGUCUGAUUCAAGUGUAUUACAGGGCUUACAGAACUGGAAGGAAACAACAGCAUGUGUAUUUGAGAACCAAAGCAGCCGUAGUAAUUUUACAGUCAGCUUACCGAAGUAUGAGAGUGAGAAGAAAAAUAAAAGAGUGCAACAAAGCCGCAGUCACUAUACAGUCUAAAUAUAGAGCUUACAAAAACAAUCAGAAAAACGCAGCAUAUAGGGCUUCAGCUAUUAUCAUUCAGAGAUGGUACCGAAAUAUUAAAAUUGCAAGCCAUCAACGUAAGGAUUAUCUUAAUUUAAAGAAAACAGCAGUCAAAAUCCAAGCUAUUUAUAGAGGUGUUAGAGUAAGAAGACAUAUUCAACAUAUGCACCUGGCAGCCACCUUUAUUAAAGCCAUGUUUAAAAUGCAUCAAGCAAAAAGAAGAUACCAUAAAAUGAGAAAAGCAGCUCUCGUAAUACAAGUAAGAUACAGAGCCUAUUAUCAGGGUAAAACUCAGCGUGCAAAGUACUUGGCAAUUCUGAACGCUGUUAAUAUUCUUCAGGCCAAUUUUAGAGGAGCGAGAGUUAGGCAGACUCUAAGGCAGAUGCAGACUGCGGCAACACUCAUUCAGUCACACUAUAGAAGGUACAGACAGCAAACAUGUUUUAAUAAGUUAAAGAAGGCAACAAAGACAGUACAGCAAAGAUACCGGGCCGUGAAGGCAAGAAAUGUACAGUUUCAAAGGUAUAACAAAUUAAGGCAUUCUGUGAUCCGCAUUCAGGCUGUUUUCAGAGGGAUGAAAACUAGAAGAUAUUUAAAAGUUAGGCAUUUAGCAGCAACGCUUAUUCAGAGGAGAUUCAGAACGCUGAUGAUGAGAAGAAGAUUCCUGUCUCUCAGGAAAACUGCUCUUUGGUUGCAGAGACAAUAUCGUGCAACUGUUUGUGCAAAGAAUCACUUACACUUUCUACGGUUGCAAAAAGCCGUCAUUAAAAUCCAGUCGUCAUACAGAAGAUGGCUAGUAAGGAAAAAGAUGCAAGAAAUGCGCAGGGCUGCUACUCUCAUCCAGGCUACUUUCAGAAUGCACAGAGCACGUAGGAGAUACCAGGCCUUGAAACACGCCUCAAUCCUAAUUCAGCAACAUUACCGAACCGACAGAGCUGCAAAACUGCAAAGAGAAAAUUAUGUGAGACAGAGGCAUUCUGCUGUGGUCAUUCAAGCUGCGUACAAGGGAAUGAAAACGAGACAGCUUUUAAGGGAAAGACACAGAGCUGCUCUCAUAAUACAGAGCACAUAUAGAAUGUACAGGCAGUAUGUUUUCUACCAAAAGGUUCGGUGGGCUACAAAAGUAAUACAAAAAGAAUACAGAGCAAAUAAAAAGAAAGCCCUUGAGCACAAGGCACCCAAGAAAGCGCCCUGUAUUCAGGCAGGUUUCCAGGACACAGUCUUAGGGGAGAGUGAGGGCCAGCAUCAGGCUGCCAUUAUUGUUCAGAAGCAUUUUAAAGGCUUUAAAAUGAGGAAGCGCUAUCUCCACCUCAGAGCAGCGGCGGUUUUUGUUCAGAGAAGAUACAGAGCACUCACUGCAGAGCGUCCCCAAGCAGCCGUUUGCGGCCAGCCUUCGUACAGGGGCUUCAGUGUACGAAGGGAUAUCCAGCACGUGCACCUGGCUGCCACGUGCAUCCAGUCCUUCUCCAGAAUGCACAGGGCCAAAGCUGACUUCCGAGCGAAGAAAACUGCCGCUAUUGUCAUACAGAAUUAUUAUAGGUCAUAUGUCAGAGUAAAAAUGGAAAGAAAACGCUUCUUAGCAGUUCAGAAAGCUGUACGAACUCUUCAGGCUGCUUUCAGGGGCAUGAAAGUAAGACAGAGACUGAGAACCAUGUCGGAGGCCAAGACGGCGGCCUCCGCGGAGCGGCCAGCACCACCGUGUCGUCCAGCUGGAGCUCAGCAUGGCCCCGUUCACAGCUCAGCUGCUGCGCCGCAGAAGCACCCUGACGCCUCUCUCGUUGCUCCUGCACAGGAAGCAGAGUGUCAUUCUCCAGGUCAGGCUGCAGUGACAGUUCAGAAAGCUUCUCGUGAAACGGCCCCGAGAAAAUUGGAAACAGCGAGGUGCGCUGCCCUGCGAAUUCAGUCCUUCCUUCAGAUGGCUGUGUGCCGAAGAAGAUUCCUUCAGCAGAAAAGAGCUGCGGUCUCCUUACAGCAGUGUUUCCGGGCCUGGCGGGCCAGGAAGCAGUUCUUACUGUACAGAAAAGCAGCAGUGGUUCUACAGAAUCACCACAGAGCUCGUUUGUCUGCAAAACACCAGCGGGAAGUGUAUUUACAAACUAGGAGCAGUGUUACCCUUCUUCAGGCUAGCGUGAAAGGAUUUCUACAGAAACGGAAGUUUCAGAAAAUGAAAGAGAGCGCCUUAAAAAUCCAGGCUACGUGGAGAAGAUAUAAAGCCCAGAAAUAUGUGUGUAAAGUGAAGGCUGCCUGCAAGAUUCAAGCAUGGUACAGGUGUUGGAAAGCACGUAAAGAAUACCUAGCUAUAUUAAAAGCUGUUAAAACCAUUCAAGCUUGCUUCUGUACCAAACUGGAGAGAACGCGGUUUUUGAAUGUGAGAGCAUCAGCAAUUAUCAUUCAGAGAAAAUGGAGAGCUACACUUUCUGGAAGAAUAGCUCGUGAACACGUCUUAAUGAUGAAAAGACAUCGAGCUGCUUGUUUGAUCCAAACACAUUUUAGAGGAUAUAAAGCAAGGCAGCUCUUCUGUCUGCAGAAGUCUGCUGCUUUGACCAUACAGAGACAUGUCCGAGCCAGGAAGUCUGGGAAGAGUGAAAGGACAAAAUUUGUUGAAUUAAGAAAAUCUACAGUUGCUCUACAAGCACUGGUGCGGGGUUGGUUAGUGAGAAAAAGAAUUUUAGAACAGAGAGCCAGCACUAGGCUUCUUCACUUCACAGCUGCUGCCUUUUACCACCUGUCCGCUCUUAGAAUUCAAAGAGCAUAUCGACGCCACAUGGCAGUGAAGAAUGCUGAAAAGCAUGUUAAUUCAGUCAUCUGUAUUCAGAGAUGGUUUCGAGCAAGAUUACAGCUACAGAAGUUUAUGCAGAUAUAUCAUAGUAUCAUAAAAAUUCAGCAUGAAGUUCAAGAACGUAUGAGGAAGCAAAAUAGGGCUGCAUCAGUAAUACAGAAGGCUGUACGCCGUUUUCUCCUCCGUAAAAAGCAGGAAAAAUUUAAUAAUGGAAUCAUUAAAAUACAGGCACUGUGGAGAGGCUAUUCUUGGAGGAAGAAAAAUGAUUGUACAAAAAUUAAAGCUAUACGAAGCAGCCUCCAAAUGAUUAAUGGGGAGAUUCGAGAGGAAAGCAAGCUCUACAGAAGAACCGCAGUUGCGCUUCACCACCUGCUGACGUACAAGCACCUUUCAGCUAUUCUCGAGGCUUUAAAGCACCUUGAGGUAGUUACUAGGUUGUCUCCACUUUGUUGUGAGAACAUGGCCCAGAGUGGAGCGAUUUCUGAAAUAUUUGUUUUGAUCCGAAGUUGCAAUCGCAGUGUCCCCUGCAUGGAAGUCAUCAGUUAUGCUGUGCACGUCCUGCUCAACGUCGCCAAGUAUGAGAAAACGACUUCCGCAGUUUACGACGUAGAAAAUUGUGUAGAUACGCUGUUGGAGCUUUUGCAGAUGUACCGAGAAAAGCCUGGUGACAAGGUUGCCGACAAGAGCGGAAGUAUUUUCACCAAAACUUGUUGUUUGUUAGCUGUUUUAUUGAAGACAACGAAUCGAGCUUCUGAUGUUCGAAAUAGGUCCAGAGUUGUUGACCAUGUUUAUAGUCUUUACAAACUAACAGCUCGUAAACAUAGAAUGAACACUGAAAGAAUACUUUAUAAGCAAAAUAAGAAUUCUUCUAUAAGCACUCCCUUUAUUCCAGAAACACCUGUACGAACCAGAGUGGUUUCAAGACUUAAACCAGGUUGGGUUUUGAGAAGGGACAACAUGGAGAUCACAAGUCCCCUGCAAGCUAUUCGAAUGGUGAUGGAUACGCUUGGCAUUCCUUAUUAGUAAAUAUAAAUGUUUUCAGUGUGUACAGGGAAAAGAAAUAGUAAAGCCAAUCAUGAAUGUGUGAAGUG